CGUCUUGGUUUUGGAAUGACGAUUUUUCUAUCGUUUAUGGUCUUGAUGCUGCAAGUAAGCAGUAUUUUACCAGAAAACUCCAAAAAUGUUUCCGCUGUAGGGAAAUACUUUCUACAGCUGAUGUGCAGCAGCUUUGUAGCUGUUUUUAAUUCUGUUGUUUUGAGUUAUUUUGGCAGUAGAUCAGAAAUUCCCCAACGCACAUGUCCACAGACUUCUAUUCAGCCUACUUCAGAUGACAGUUUUUGUAAAAAAGACCAAGUCAUUGAUUUCAACGACCAACAAGAAGUAACAGGCGAUACCAAACAGGAACCAUUAGAGCAGCACGAUAACACAACAAAUUACUGGAAGAUUAUUGCAUAUCAAAGGCUGAUGAAAUAUUUUAGACCUUUACAAAUAUUUGAUUUGGUUACUUUACUCUCCUGUUUCAUAACUACAGUAUGUGCACACGUUGAGCUGUUUAAUGUCAUGAAUAUUAAUACAUGCUCUAAUGUGGAAUAGAAAAGGCAGGACAUGAGUUCCAGUAGUGCAAUAUUCAAUGUUCAUUAUAAACUUCUUCAGUCUCCAUGUGUGCAUAAACUUGUU